CAUAUCUUUUCCAUAGGCGAACCCAUUAAACUUACCCUUUUUUACCCCUUUGCAAAAUUAUAACACUUCCGGUCCGAAGUCCAGAUUCCAGAGCUCUCUUCGCUCUUCAGUCUUCGACUCCGGGUACGGAUCUCCUUUACUCCACAUCUCUUCCUUUCGCAGUGCGGAGAGUACUCAAGAUUUAACAGCUUGCCUAACAGGUUUUUCUCGGUAAUGUGUCCUCCAUCACUAACCAUGGAUGUCAAAAGCUCUCCUGCAGGUUCCUCUCAUGCACUCAAGAACAAAAUGAGUAACUCUCAGUUAGAGCCACAGAAGUUUUUUGCAUCCGUCAGCAUGGGUGAAGAAAAGCCAUUUGAUUUCUUACGUAUUUUAUUUGAGGGAGUUAUAGCAGGAGGUACUGCUGGAGUUGUGGUUGAAACAGCUUUAUACCCAAUUGAUACCAUAAAAACUCGUCUGCAGGCAGCUCGUGGUGGAGGAAAAAUUCUUUUGAAGGGCCUGUAUUCCGGACUGGCUGGAAAUCUUGCUGGUGUCUUACCGGCUUCUGCCAUUUUUGUUGGUGUAUAUGAACCUACAAAGCAGAAAUUAUUGCAGAGCUUCCCUGAAAACCUUAGUGCUGUUGCUCAUUUGACUGCAGGUGCCAUUGGUGGAGCUGCUUCUUCUCUCAUUCGUGUACCAACAGAGGUUGUCAAACAAAGAAUGCAGACUGGACAAUUUGCUUCAGCUCCUGAUGCUGUCCGCCUUAUAGUUGCCAAGGAGGGUUUUAAAGGUCUUUAUGCGGGGUAUGGGUCUUUUUUAUUGCGAGAUUUGCCAUUUGAUGCCAUCCAAUUCUGUAUCUAUGAGCAGCUUCGGAUUGGUUAUAAGCUAGCGGCAAGAAGAGAUUUAAAUGAUCCAGAAAAUGCUAUCAUUGGUGCUUUUGCUGGUGCACUGACUGGAGCUGUAACUACACCGCUAGAUGUCAUUAAGACAAGAUUGAUGGUCCAGGGAUCUGCAAACCAGUACAAAGGAAUUAUUGGUUGUGUUCAAACCAUUGUUAGAGAAGAAGGAACUCAGGCUUUUUUGAAGGGUAUUGGGCCAAGGGUACUUUGGAUAGGAAUUGGUGGUUCGAUUUUCUUUGGUGUUCUUGAGAGAACAAAGCAGUUGCUUGCUCAAAGACGUCCAGGAGCUCAAAAAGAAAACUUCAAGCAGUGCUAAUGGUGGUUCGUUCCAUGUCCAUAUUUCUGAUAACGUAGUCAAUUUGGUGGUUUUCUUCGUCAGAUUUAAUUUGUGACCUCCAUCCAAAAUGGAGAGAAAAGUCAUUAAGAUCCAGGCAUGCCAAAUAGAUGACUAAUUAUGCUUUCUAGAGUUUUUUGAUUAUUCUUGUUUUGAAACGCCUAGACUUGAAUUUGAAAAUUUGAAAUUAUUCUUCUAUUUUAAUGAAACAAAAAAAAAAAAAAACAUUUUAGC